CGUCCGGACGCGAAGACCUUCCUUCUGUCCCGAUGUGACAGCGCUGUACAGUGAUUAAAAACCGUACAGUUUAUAUUAGCAGGUUAACGUUCAGUAGCUUAACGUGAAACAACAUUGAAUUGAAGGCGACAGCUACUCCCAGUGCUUACAUUAACGUUAACUUAACGACGAAGGAAACAACGAAGUGUUCUUUUAUGUCACACGGAUAAAAUGAAUGCUCAUUGGGGAAACGUCAGUGUUUAUCAAGAGGAGAGAAAUGUGUCUUGUGGACUCGGACAUCUUGUCGAAGAGGACGGAUCUAACGAGGACUAACGCCUUCAGAUAAACAACAGCUCCGUGUUGACAUUUGUGUUGCAUCCUUAAGAUUUCUUAUGCUAACAUUGACCGUGGACUAGCUCGCGGAUGUUGGCUAGCUUUAUAGGUUGCUGCAACUUGUAUAUUUUAGAUAGAAGCAGAUUAAAUAAUUUAGCAUCACCGAACAAGGUAACGUUAUUUACAUAUUAUUGUUCGCAUGUUUGCAGAGACCUACUAUGGACAGCAGCUAUGACGCCAGGUGUAGCCACAGGGUUAUGUCACUGUCAGGCUAACCGAUAGCUCGGUGCCUGCAACUGCUUACAAUCUUUGCAUAGUCAUGUCCAGUAGGGUUGGCAUCAUGUAGACUGUCCCUCUGAACUGGUUAGCUGACUCGGGACACGUUAGUGAGCCACCUUUGGAGAGUAAUGCAAAGCUGGAUUGCAGCUAUCCAACUGGGUCAAAGACUGACAGCUGGCACUGAUACAGUUUAGCUCAGGAUUGUUGUUAGCCAUGCUCAAAGCCCUCUGUUCUGUGUGACAUUACAAACACCCCAACCUAUUUAGAGGGCAUGUAAAUGCAUGAUGUCCUGUCAGCAUCUCGUAUUUAUGCAAUAAGGCACAUCAAAGCAGCCUGUCAUAAAGUACAUCCGCAGUGCAAGAAGCAGCAUCACCAGGACUGCGAGAAUAAUUCGCUCCGGGAUUAUUUUCUGAAGAGAAGAGCAACAUUUAAUGCUACCCACCAGCGCCCAACAUCAGCUGGACCAUCAGCCCGUCAUAAUGGAGACUGUGGGAGAUUUUGAGUACAGCAGAAAAGACCUGGUUGGACAUGGAGCCUUUGCUGUGGUGUUCAAAGGAAGACACAGGAAGAAGACAGAUUGGGAAGUGGCCAUCAAGAGCAUUAAUAAGAAGAACCUGUCAAAGUCCCAGAUCCUUCUUGGCAAGGAAAUCAAAAUCCUGAAGGAGCUGCAGCAUGAAAACAUUGUGGCACUUUACGAUGUCCAGGAAACGCCCAACUCUGUUUUUCUGGUCAUGGAGUACUGUAAUGGAGGUGAUCUUGCCGACUAUCUGCAAGCUAAGGGGACACUGAGAGAAGACACACUGAGGGUUUUCCUCCAGCAGAUUGCUGCCGCCAUGCGCAUCCUCAACAGCAAAGGAAUCAUCCACCGUGACCUGAAACCACAGAACAUCCUGCUGUCGUAUGUGGGUCGCAAGAAGUCCAACAUCAGUGGCAUCCGCAUCAAAAUAGCUGACUUUGGCUUUGCACGAUACCUCCAGAGCAACAUGAUGGCAGCCACACUAUGUGGGUCACCCAUGUACAUGGCCCCAGAGGUCAUCAUGUCCCAGAACUAUGAUGCCAAGGCCGACCUGUGGAGCAUAGGGACUGUCAUUUACCAGUGUCUGGUCGGCAAGCCACCAUUCCAGGCCAAUAGUCCCCAAGACCUGAGGAUGUUCUAUGAGAAGAACAAGAAUCUACAACCUAUCAUCCCAAGGGAGACAUCCCAACAACUUGGUGACCUUCUGCUUGGUCUGCUGCAGAGGAACCAGAAAGACAGGAUGGACUUUGACGCGUUUUUCAGCCAUCCUUUCCUGGAGCCAUCAUCCACCAUCAAAAAAUCGUGUCCAGUGCCGGUCCCCAGCACCUCUAAUGCAGUGACGGACAGUUCCUGUGGCAGUUCCCCAUGCAUCCGCUACAACUCCCCUCCUUCUCUCCCAGACAUGCAGACACUAGCAGAAGAUGGUCUGUCAUCCCCUCCGCUCGGUCCACCCAACUUCCUGCAGCUGUCCAAAGAGUCUGCAGGAAGCACCAGCAGUAAAAACUCGUCCAGUGACACUGACGACUUUGUCCUGGUGCCUCACAUCUCUAAUGACAGCUAUGACCAGCCAAUGGGAGUGGUUCGUCGGACGUCCAGUGACUUCCUCAUGUGUGGAGGGCAGCCGCAGCCCACCCCAGGACAGACCCCCAUCGUGUCCCCACGGGCUGAGACCACCCCCAUCCCUGUUCCGACCCAGAUCCGCAACUACCAGCGCAUCAAGCAGAACCUCUCCAGCAGCCCGACGACCACACUGUACAGCUCUCCCAGGUCUGGCACAGUGAGGCGCUCCAACACUAGUCCUAUGGGGUUUCCCAAGGUGGGCUCAGGGUCCCCCAGCUCUGCAGAUGUCCCUCAGGCAGUAGGCAGGCGUCUCUCCACCGGCAGCUCCCGGCCCUACUCCCCCUCACCUCUCGUGGGCACCAUCCCUGAGCAGCUGGGUCACUGCUGCUGUCACAUGCAGAACCACGAGCCUCGCAGCCGCAGCUCCUCAGGAGGUUCCCCCGUCCCAUCCUCUCAGCUCCUGGGGGCUCGGCUCCAGAGUGCCCCCGCCUUGACUGACUUCUACCAGACCAGGCAGAAACUCCACAAGCAGUUAUCAGACCCUGUUCAGCCUUCUUCCUCGUCCUCCUGCAGUCAUUCCCCUCAGCUCGGUCGACCAGCCAACCUUGGCUCCUCCCCCACCAAGCUCCUGGGCUCCUCCCCCCGCACGUCCGACUGGCUGCAGAAGUCCCCGCUGCCCACCAUCAUUGGCUCCCCGACUAAGACUAUUUCGGCACCGUUCAAGAUCCCCAAAACGCAGGCGUCCUGUAACUUGAUGGCACUGGCGGACAGCCCCGUGCCCACCAAGACGUUGGCAGAUGCCCGGGAUAUCUGUGCCCACCACUGCAGCCCGUACUUCACCGGACGCCCAGCUGCCCCUGAGGCCAGCAGGACCUUUGGCAGGUCUGUUAGUACAGGUCGUCUGUCUGAGCAGCCAAUCAGAAUCACUCUGGGUGGACAGGCCUAUCAAGGCAGCAAUGACAGCUUGAACACAGAGCGACCCAUGGACACAGCCCCUGCAGGUCCCAGUGGGCUGGUUCAGGUUGGGUCAGUGAGUCCCCGUACUGUCCUUUUCACCGUGGGUUCACCGCCCAACAGCAGCACUCCCCCUACCUGCAGCCACCUGGGCACACGACCACGCACCACCUCAGUGGGCUCCAACAGUUCGGCCGGCUCCCUGUGCUCCACCAGCGGUCGGGUCUAUGUUGGAUCUCCUCCAGGCAUGGCCAUGGGCUGCUCUCCUCCAGGAGGUUUUGGGGGCGGGCAGAUUGUCCCCAGUACUGAGGGGGCACCCAGCAGCCUGCGCUAUGUUCCCUAUGGGACCUCCCCUCCCAGCUUAGAGGGAUUCAUCACAUUCGAAGCCCCUGAGCUGCCUGAGGAGACCCUCAUGGAGCGUGAGCAUACAGACACCCUGAUGCACCUGCGGAUGAUGCUUUCAUUCACCGACUGCGUCCUGGAGAUGGCGGCAGUGCGAGCUGGAGGGACGGAGCUUGGCGUGUCGGCCGCCUCCCUCUACCCUCCCCAGGACAGUGUGGUUGUGGACCAGAUCAGCCAGCUCAGCAGAGAGUGGGGGCAGGUGGAGCAGUUGGUGCUCUACAUGAAGGCAGCUCAGCUCCUGGCUUCCUCUCUCCAUCUGGCCAAGGCUCAGAUUAAAUCAGCCAAGCUCAAUCCUUCCACUGCCGUCAAACAGGUGGUGAAGAGUCUUAAUGAGCGCUACAAAAGCUGCAUCUCCCUCUGCCGGCGGCUGACUGACAGACUCAACCACUUCUUCUCCGACAAGCAGCGCUUUGUGGACGAAAUCAACAGUGUCACCGCGGAGAAGCUCAUCUACAAUCAUGCAGUGGAGAUGGUUCAGUCAGCUGCUCUGGAUGAGAUGUUCAAGCAAACAGAAGAUAUAGCCUACCGCUAUAGCAAGGCUGCCAUGCUGCUGGACGGCCUGUCCAAGAUCCUACAGGACCCCACUGACAUUGAGAACGUGGUCAAGUACAAGGCCAGCGUGGACCGCAGGAUAUCAGCCCUCUGCUACUGCACUGUCACACUCUACGAGUAGCAGCCCUCCCAUACACACACACACACACACACACACACACACACACACACACACACACACACACACACACACACACACACACACACACACACACACACACACACACACACACACAGAGGGACCAUGUCCUAAGACUAUUGACUACCAUCCUCACAAAGCCGCUGUUCCCUCCUGUAGCAGUUCAAGCACUUUUUAUUUGAUAGGUUUCAUCUGUAUUUAUCAUCAUACUGGCUGCAUCACGAACUGAACUGUGACAAGCGACUGAUGCACAAAUUUACAACCAAAGAUGACAACGGAUCCAGAAACAAAAGGCUGAAACCGGAUGUGGACGUAAUGCCUGCACUUUCAAGUGCAUUUUUCUUCUUACGCUAUGAUGGUGGAAACCCAUCUGAUCAACAUGUAUAAAAAAAUAAACUAAUGUCCAUCUUUCAGGAUAUCAUUUGUUUUUUACCAGAAGAAAAAAAGGAUGGACAGGACUAUGAGGCGGUGUUGUGGACUUCAAGAGACUCGAACUGGAGUUUGUCUUUUUUUUUUUUUUUUUUUUUUAUCCUGCGUACUAUGUUAUAUCAGUGGUUAUUUACUCUGUGUUUAAGUUGUUGUUUUUCUUAUUUAUUGGUUCAGAAGAACAGGGAUGUUUGAGUCUUCUGCCUAUGUAGAUAACCUCAAGUAUUGGAGUGGAAUGAAAUGGAAGAAAAUUGCAGAAGGCUUAUGGCUGAUCACUGUAACUGAUCCAACAACAUGGAUUUUUACGUAAAACAAGAACUCUCGUUACAAAAACUAGACAGCCAUGUGAGCAAAGGAACCUGUAGAUUUGGAACUGCUUUAUUAUUUUUCCUGUGUUGUUAGCUCAAGCACUUUAUUGUGGAUUGAGAGGAAGAGGCGUGUAGCUGUACAAGUUCUGAAGGGAGAAAUGUGAAGGCAGGGGAAGGGUUUUCUAAUCACUCCUGCUCCCACCCUCAAAAUGUACCUGCUCUGUAUGCAUGAUAAACAAGUUUACAGACUGCAUACAUUUCCCAUAAGGCAGACCAACCAGGGAAACUCGGGUAAGGAAAAUAGUGCUGUCAGCCAAGACAAAUUGGCUGCAGCUCAACUUUACAGGGCCUCUUCUGUCAAAGUUUAAUAGAACCACUUUUUGCUUGUAAGCAGAUUUAAAUAAAUAUAUUUAAAGGGGCGUGUCACCGAUUUUACACAUGAAAAUCAGUUUACCUGUCACGAAUAGCCCUCCUCAGCCUGUGAAUUGUAAAAUGUCUUCUGUGACUGAUGGGAGAUUUCUGAAGUCUGAGAUUGAAACCCAGAUGAUGCCAUCAGGGUUAUCUUGAUUAGGGCUUGUGGACUAGCCCCCCCCCCCUUUUUUUUACCAAAAACCUAAAAUAGGGGAGUGGAGUUUGAAAAAAAUGUAGGCAUUGCCAGGCACAGUAAAUUCCAGAUACAGUAGUUGUGUCUGGCCAUAUGAAAGAAUGGGCUACAAUUUGAAUGCAGCCAUUCAAAGCCUUUCCUGUUCUUUACCAUUGAUGUGACCGAUGCAGUUGUUCUCAAACAUCAAACCAACAUUUAUCAUUUAUAAAAAGAAAUACUUGUAGUUUGGUAAUUCACAUAAAAAAUACAGAGCAGGGGAGCUUCGAUCAGCUUUUAUGGACCUUGAUAUUCAUUUUACACUUGCAAAUAGUAGAAAAAACUGUCCCAUUGUUUCCCUUGUGACCCAGUUUUAUAGGACCGUAACAGACCCGUGGUGACUUGUUGAUUAUGUUGAUCACAGUGAGGAGGAGUUAAGUUAAAUGUGGGGUGACAGUGGCUCACUCUGCUCACAAGGUCUGCAGGCUUGGAUAUUCAGAAGAAAAGAUGGUGGCAGGCCCUUCUCCUGUCCCCACUGCAGUGCUGAACAGCCAAUCAGUGUCCACUUUAAACCCUGAAGGAGUGAUUUGUGAAACUGAAUGGUCAUAUUACUUGACAAGUUACCUUAAAAAUAAUUUUCAUUUUACUAAAAUACUACAGUUUUUUUUAUGUUCUGUCAGUAUCUGUAGCUAAUUUUUUAACAAAACUUGAUGUUGGCAAACUUGUAUAUAUUUGUAUGUGGUGCAUGUGAUGAUUCCUUUCCCCUCUUUUUGGGAGGGGAGUGUGUGUGUGUGAGAUCACAUUUUUAGUUUUGGGGUGUCGAUGAUACCAUCAGAUGACCUGCCUGUCGGUCAAAGAGCACAAAUCUUUAUAUGUACAUAGGUGAAUUUGAUACAUUUUAUUCAUGUCUGCCAUAUUUUGGCACAACAGGGGUGUGCCAAAGAAUAAAAUAUAACUGUGGCAGCUCCAAAACUUUCCAGAGAACUCUUUCUACCAGGACUGUUCAUUGUUUAGACGAAGACACAUAUUUGUUCAGUGGGUCUUAUGAAAUUUUCUGAAAUAAGCGUGACGUCUUAAGAUUUCAUACUCAUUUCCCAAAAUUUUGUGAUACUUGAAUUGUCACAAUCUGCACUGCCUAGCAUCCGCUGUCCCCUCUGGCUCCCCUCAAGUUGUCUGCUGUGCUCUCAACAGUGUAUGUACUAUGUAUGAGUGUAUAUGUACACACGUGCACUUGCCAGGUGUGCAUUAACGCCAGUAGUAAACAGUUAUUGAUGGAAAAGGAGAUGCCUUCUUCUUGUGAAAGCAGAGAAAGACCUACUCCUCUGUACAGGUGUGAAUACAUUCUUUUUCUGUGUAAAAAUGUGUAUAAAUGCAUUCACGGGCACCCAGCGGUCUCUGGGCCUGUUGAUCUGAUGUACUGUUCUUUUCCGAGACAUAUCUGGGUUUCAGUUUCCCUCGUCCUUGUCAUGAGCACUCUGAACCACACAAAGCCUUUUACUGCACACAGAGUGAAGAGGGACAAAUAAAGCUUAUGGGAAACUCGCCUCAAUCUGUGCUCUGUACCAUUUUACCCAUUGACUGUAACUGAAGAUGGACUGUUAUAGAUGAAGCAUGGGUACCAAGUCUGCAUUUUACCCUGUAGAGUAGAACCUCUAGAAUCUUGAAUGUACUGUAUGUACCCUGUUGUUUUUGCCGCCUCUCCAGCUUGAGCUGAAUGCAUUUUGAAGAAACCCGUCGUCAGUCACGACCCUAAAAAUGCAACACGUUUUCCAAGCACCUGUUUUUCAAAGAGAAAUUUUAAUGUUAUACUUGUGUCCCUCACCGAGGGGUGUCUGUCUAUGUUCUUUAUGGAACACAAAUACAGUCUUUAAUAUUAAAAAAAAAAGAAACAAUUGAAA